AUGCUUCUCCUCCCUCUCUCCGUGCUGCUCCUGCUCACACAGCCCUGGAGACCCCUGGGAGCAGAAAUGACUUUCUAUUCCCAGAAAAUACUGCCCAACGCCUGUACCCUGGUUAUGUGUAGCCACCCAGAGAAUGGCUUGCCUGGUCGUGAUGGACAAGAUGGGAAAGAAGGUCCCCGGGGAGAGAAGGGGGAUCCAGGUUCACCAGGACCUGCAGGACGAGCAGGAAUGCCAGGACCAGCUGGCCCCACUGGGCCGAAAGGAGACAAUGGCUCUGCUGGGGAACCUGGGCCAAAGGGAGAUACUGGACCACCUGGGCCUACAGGUAUGCCUGGUCCAGCUGGAAGAGAGGGCCCCUCAGGGAGGCAGGGGAGCAUGGGACCUCCAGGCACACCAGGCCCCAAAGGAGAACCUGGGCCCAAAGGAGGACUGGGUACCCCAGGUAUGCAGGGCUCCCCAGGCCCCACAGGCCUCAAAGGAGAGAGAGGUGCCCCUGGUGAGCCUGGAGGCCCUGGACCUGCUGGGGCGGCAGGGCCUGCUGGAGCCAUAGGUCCACAGGGGCCUUCAGGUGCCAGGGGCCCCCCAGGACUGAAGGGGGACAGAGGUACUCCUGGAGAAAGAGGAGCAAAGGGUGAGAGUGGGCUUGCAGAGGUCAAUGCUCUCAAGAAGCAGGUGACAAUCUUAGAGGGACAUCUGCGACGCUUCCAGAAUGCCUUCUCUCAGUAUAAGAACGUGGUGCUCUUCCCUGACGGCCAGGCUGUCGGGGAGAAGAUCUUCAAGACAGCAGGUGCGGUCAAAUCAUAUUCAGAUGCCCAGCAGCUCUGCACAGAGGCUAAGGGACAGCUGGCCUCCCCACGCUCUGCAGCCGAGAACAAGGCCGUGACACAGUUGGUCAGAGCCCACGAAAAGAAUGCUUACCUGAGCAUGAAUGACAUCUCCACGGAGGGGAGGUUCACCUACCCCACUGGGGAAAUACUGGUCUAUUCCAACUGGGCCACUGGGGAGCCCAACAACAGCGAUGAUGGACAACCAGAGAACUGUGCGGAAAUCUCUCCUGAGGGCCAGUGGAAUGACAUACCCUGCAGUGAGCAACUCCUCGUGAUCUGCGAGUUUUGA